CUGGGGUUGAACCCAAGGCCUUAGUCAUGCAGGGAAAGCUCACUACCAGCUGAUCUACAUCUCCAGUGCACAGUUAGUGACUGCUUUUUAAUCAUAAACAUGGGUCAGUUAUUCUCUGAUACAUCUAAGAAUGAGGACAACAGAGAUUUGGAGUCCAGCUUCACUAAAUAUUUUAAGAAGAUUAAGACAGAAAACAAAAUCCUUUCUCAAGAGACCAUCCAUUUAAUAGAAUUUCAUCUGAAAAAGGGAAACAUUCAAGGGGCAAACUCUGUAAUCAAUGAUGCUUUAAAAAAUAUUGAUAACAUCCCAAUAAACAUUGCUGUGACAGGAGAGUCUGGAGGAGGGAAGUCCAGCUUCAUCAAUGCCCUGAGGAGGGUUGGACCUGAAGACCAAGGUGCAGCUAAAGAAGGGGUAACCGAAACAACCAUGAUGAGAACUCCAUACAAACACCCCAAAAUUCAAACUUUGACUUUUUGGGACCUGCCUGGCAUUGGAACUAUGAACUUUCCACCAAAAGAUUAUCUGGAGAAAGUGAAAUUCCAAGAGUAUGAUUUCUUCAUUAUUGUUUCUGCCACACGUUUUACAAAACUUGAACUAGACCUUGCCAAAGCAAUCAGAUUCAUGAAAAAGAAUUACUACUUUGUAAGAACCAAGGUCGACAUAGAUUUACAAAAUGAAAAGGAAUCCAAACCACGCACCUUUGACAGAGAAAAGACCCUGCAGCAGAUCAGAAACUACUGUGUGAACACCUUUACUCAGAAUAACAUGAAUGCACCACAGAUUUUCUUGAUUUCUAACAAACAUUUAUCUGACUAUGAUUUUCCAGUUCUGAUGGACACUCUGAUAAAGGAUCUUUCUAAUCAAAAGCGCCACAAUUUUAUGCUUUCCUUGCCUAAUAUUACCGAGGCAGUCAUUGACAGAAAGCACAAGUCUAUGCAGCAGCAUAUCUGGUUGGAAGCCUUCAAGGCUGGACUUUUGGCUGCUAUUCCUGUAGUGGGCAUCCUCACAAAUGAGGUAGAGAAACUAAAGGUGAAGUUAAACCACUACCGAGUCCUCUUUGGAGUGGAUGAUGUAUCCCUGGAAGUCAUUGCUAAGGACUCUCAAGUGCCUGUCGAACAAUUGAAAAAAAUCAUUAAAUCACCUUUUUUGUUAGAAACUAAGAAAGAAGAAACAUUAGGAGAAAUGUUGUUAAAAUAUUUGGAGAUAUUUGCCUCAAUUCGUGGUGGGCCCCUUGCUUCAGGUCUUUACUUUAGAAAAACCUUUUACUUAGAAUUUCUUUUCCUUGACACAGUGACUGAAGAUGCCAAAGUUCUCCUUAGAGAGACAUAUUCAAAAAUAUAGUUCAAAUUCAACUCAUUCACAGCUACUAACAAUGACAAAAUCAAAUGGUUAAUGCCAGGAAGUCACUGGAUAAAUUCCCUCUAUGAUAGCUUUUUUUUUUUAACA